AUGAUUGUCUGCAUCAGUGCUGUGUCUGCGCACCAGUACAUGGCGCGGCUGGAAGACCCACUACUACUACAGCUGAAGGUGACAGAGUACCAUGUGCGCUGCUCUGUGGUUUCUCGUUACGCCGUCACCUCCAUCCAGAGCUCUGUGUGGAACCAGCUCUCUGUGACCAAAGAGGCCGCCUUCGAAGUGGACCUGCCUUCUGCUGCAUUCAUCUCCAACUUCACCAUUUCAUCCAACGGCAAAGUUUAUGUGGCACAGGUCAAAGAGCGAGCGGCUGCCAGGAAAAUCUAUGAUGCUGCAAAGAAGCAAGGCCGAACCGCCGGGCUCGUGGCCACCAAAGAGAGGGAGAUCGAGAGGUUUCGCGUGGCAGUCAGUGCGCCCCCUGGUGUCCGGCUGUCCUUCUUCUUAACAUAUGAGGAGUUGCUGAUGCGCAGACUGGGCAGAUAUGAGGUGAGCCUGGGGCUGAGGCCAGGGCAGCCCGUGGACAACAUGACAGUGGAGAUCACUCUGUCAGAGAAAACUGGAAUCAACUUCAUUAGAGUCCUACCCCUGAAGACCAGCCGCCUGCUCAACCACGCACAUGGUGACAGCGACCCACCGCCCUCCACUCAGAUACAGAAGAGUCCUCACUGUGCUCAGAUCCACUACAGCCCCAGUGUUCAGCAGCAGACCGCAGUCUCUGCUCAAGGCAUCAACGCAGACUUCAUUCUGCAUUACGACGUGGAGCUGCGUGACAUCAUGGGCGACAUACAGGUUUUCAAUGGCUACUUUGUGCACUACUUUGCUCCGAGAGGUCUCCCUGUGGUCCCCAAGGACGUGAUAUUUGUCAUUGACAUCAGUGGUUCAAUGAUCGGCACCAAGAUAAAACAGACCAAACAGGCUAUGAGCACGAUUCUGGGCGACCUGAGGGAAGGAGACCACUUUAACAUCAUCACAUUUUCCGACCGAGUCCAAACCUGGAGGAAAGGCCGGACUGUACGGGCAACGCGCCAAAACGUGCGAGACGCCAGAGAAUUUGUCAAGAGGAUCAGUGCUGAAGGAUGGACAAACAUAAACGCUGCUUUGCUAUCUGCCGCUCAGCUCGUCAGCCCUCUCACCACUCCCUCCUCCCGCCGUGUUCCGUUGGUCAUUUUUCUCACUGACGGAGAAGCUACAAUAGGAGUUACCGCUAGCGACACCAUCCUCACCAACGCUAGAAAAGCACUUGGCUCUGCGUCAUUGUUUGGACUGGCUUUUGGGGACGAUGCUGACUUCCUUUUGCUAAAACGACUGGCUCUUGAUAACCGCGGCGUUGCUAGAAUGGUAUAUCCAGCUAACCUACUUGGAUGA